GUCUGCAAGAAUGUCUGACUUCGACGCUCUGCUCGCCAACUACACCAGCAAGGAAAACCCCCAAGUCCACGGCGUUAUCUGCAAAUGCGUCGACGGAAAAGGGAAUGAAAUAUACAGCAAAGUAGCAGGCUACGACUCCGUCCUCCCGAAUGCUCUCCCCCUCCGCGAAGACGUCGUGCUCAAGGUCGCCAGCGCCACGAAGCUCAUCACCAGCAUCGCAUUGCUACAAUGUAUCGACAAGGGCCUGAUCGGACUGGAUGAACCGCUCACCAAGGUCUUGCCCGAGUUCGCCGAGAAGCAGAUCCUGACCGACGUCUCUGGCUCGGAGUUUGUCUUUGAGCCCAGCAAAGUCCCAGUCACGGCAAGACACCUUCUGACGCAUACGUCCGGAUUGGGAUAUCGGUUUACACAUAGGCUCCUGCGACUCCGGGCAGAAGCCCGCGACCGUGCUGGAGAGAAGCCAUCCCUGCGUGUCACUGAUCGGUACGAAAUGCCGCUUGUCUUUGAGCCCGGGACGGGCUGGCUGUACGGAUGCAGCUUGGACUGGGCUGGCGUUGUUGUGAGCAGACUGCACGGUGGAAUAUCUCUGGAGCAGUAUUUUGUAGAAAAUAUAUGGCAGAAGCUAGACCUCUCCCCUCCAUUCCCCCGCUUCAACAUUGCUGGUCACCCUGAGUAUAAUGCACGGGCAAUGGGAGGUGCACUGCGAACGCCAGACGGAACACUGCAGCCACACGAUCGAUGGGCGUUUGACAACCCUGAAGACCAAGAUGGAGGCAGUGGUCUGUCCUGUACGGCCAAGGACUACGUGGCAGUUCUGGCGGACCUUGUUUCGGACUCGCCUAAGCUGCUGAAGCCGACGACUAUCGCGGAGAUGUUUACGCCCCAGCUGGUGCCCAAGUCCCCUAGCAUUCAGAUGAUGCUGGGACUGCGUCCUGCGUGGGACACUGUUUCAGGCCCGAUCACAGAGGAUGCUAUCAACCAUGGGCUGGGUGGGAUACUGUCCGUUGGCGAGGUGGCCGAGAUAGGGCAGCCCAAGGGGAUGCUGGGAUGGGGAGGAGCCUCGAACAUCGUCUGGUGGGCGAACAGGAACCUACGCGUUGCUGGCUUCUUUGCUACUCAGCAGGCGCCGUUUGGGAAUCCCACGGUGACCAAGCUGGUGAAUGAGUGGAAGAAGGACUUCUGGGGCCAGUUUAAGAGCAUAGACCAUGCAUAGAGUAGACUAUUUCCAGUAUCUAGUCCUGUGGAAUCCCCACAACAAGCUUCUGUCCGCGCACUUCGCCCUUGCGUAACAAUUCCAGACCCUCGACGAUGGCUUCCCAGCUGCCUGGAAGCUCUCGUAGUGGGUGUGCCUUGAGCUGGCCAGACUCCAUCAGCGCCUCUAUCUCGCCCGCCCACUGUAUCCCUAUUGCCAUGAGCUUCUCAUCGCCCGCCCUUGUGUAUGUAGACUCGCCCAGGUUAAUAUCCACUCCGAGUACCUGGAAUCCCAUUACCUCCUUUACCUUGACGAUCUUGCGAGUGCGCCAGGCCUCAGGACAUUCCUCGAGACAGGCAUAGGUGCCACCCGUGCGAGCCAUUGCGUUGUAGCAGAUCGCUGCGGAUUCGGCGUCCGUGAUGCAGUCCAGAACGCGACGAAUGGGCUU